UUUAAGAGUCCGAGUCUGUUCGCUGAUCCUUGUCCAGAUUUCCUUCUCGAGCUCUCGUCGAGAUUUGGAUGUCUACUGACGGGAUGGCGACCAUAUCCUGCCCUUCCUGCUCGCAGGAUUUCGGGUCCCAACUCGUCAGUUGACGAUGGCGAGGUGAGAAACGAAUGCGUGAGACGGGAAGGAGAGUUGGGAUCAUCAUCGAGCAGUAAGCCGGUCGGUCGCAAUGGGAUUACUGGCGAUGUGGGAGAAGAGCCUUCUGCAGCAAUCGGCGACAUUACCGGGGCAGGAACGAGCAAUUUGCAGGUGGACGGGGGCGAGAGAUGGCAGAGGAGCGAGCUGUAGCGGGAUCAAGACUUCCGGGGUAGUUAGUGGUGUCCGAUGCUCUGCGGAAGUGGCAGGCUCGGAGAGGAGGACGGAGAGGAAGACGAAAAGCGACCGGGGAAGCUUCAGUAGCACCGCGUACGACAAUGAGAAGGGUCGACCUCCGCAAUUGCCCAGGAAGCCCAGGGAAAUGAGCCAAAAAGAAAAGCUGGAUACAUUUGGCCGCCUUCGAACUCCGAGGGCUGCCCGAGAGCUCGCUUUGUGUACAUUAUACAGCGCUAUGUGUAGGGAUGUGGAUUCGCUCAAGGUUUUUGACGAGCGCCUGAAUCAGAGAGUCGGGCGAGAUUUUGACAGGGAAAUUCUCGAAACCUACGACCAUAAUCCCGCAGAUGUAGGCGAGAAUGAGACUGAGGAAGAUGAGGAGUUGGCUGCUGCCAUUAUUCGACAGCAAGAGGAAGAAGCCGACGCUGAAGGCACGGUUCUCCUGGCUCCUCUACCCCUUGUUUAUAGUAGAUUCACGCUGAGCUUAGCUAGAAGUAUAGUGAAAUCCACGUCAGAGAGAUGGAUUCCGCAGCAGAAGACUCUCAAGUCAUUGUUCCCUAGGAAAUGGAGGAACGAACCGGAAAUUGCCUGGAUUCCUCUUUGUAUCAUGCAGAUUGCGGUCACUGAGAUAGAGACCACGGAGACGUCCCGGAAAGUUGUGAUUAAUGAGGCCAUCGACUUGACCAGGCGAUUCUGCGACGGGGCAGCACCCAGGAUAGUGCACGGCAUUCUUGCACGCUAUGUAGAAAUUAGGCAAAAUUCUCCGAGUGCAGGGACUGAGGCAACAGGAGAUUCCCAACAAAAUUCAUAGUGAACAGAGUAUACAUAGGCUCAUGUUGUAUACGAGCUUGCAGAAUAUGAGCUAGAAAUAUUGUUUUUGGAGCGGUGAUGAUAUAACUCGCAUAAUCGAGAUUCGGCAGCACCAGCGUAGCUCCAUUGUUAGGAGAAUUGAAAUAUAGCGGUUUUCGGCAUCCGACGAAAGGAAUUCAGGAAACUGUGAUUCACAUACACAUGAGAGUGCCUGUGCUGAGCUUCACGUGUCUGACCAGGGUUGUGAAUGUUAAGGUGUACGCACGUCAGAAGAUCGUUCCGAAGUUUGUUCCAUCAGUUAGCAGUAGUAGUUUGAAGGUCGACACUCAUGGAGCAUGUAAGUGGGAUGGUCGGCAGCUCCAAUUGGCAGUUUAUAAUACCUGCUGCGACAUUGAGAACAGUCUCAGAGUAAGUAGACACCAGCGGAGAGGAGUCUGUCUCUGGCUAUUUAAGGAAAUAGUGUUCAAUCCUAACUUGAAUGGCCACCGACGGCUGUCAAUUCUCAAUGACUUACAGCUCACGGAAAUCCAAUUUACGUAACUGUUUCCUGACACGUCAGUGAGUCCCUAGGACAUAAGCAGAAGAUAUCAAAGUGGGAACACCCUCUUUGUGUCUUUUGUGGACAAAUACAGCUCAAAAUUGGAAUCUAGACGAAGGUCGAUUACAGUACUGCCGUAUUGAAGUUUGUACACGGUUCUUGUUGAGAGAGAGAAGCACUCUGCAAAUGUAUGAACGCAGUGGGUCACCCUACUGGGGGAUUACUGUAGUCCAUUACUGAAAAAAAAAGCUGAACACAAUUCUUGGCUCGCGUAAAUGCUCAACGCAUAUUCAGAUAUAAUCAUGCUCUUGUAUCGAACUCCUUUUCCCUCUCUAAUCACUGCAUAGUUUCUGAAGCUGUAGGCAGAUCUGUUUAUUCAAAUGAAAUCAAGCAUCUCAACAAUCAGCCGUGCAUUCGAAAGAGAGUGUAGGUUAGUAAAGAUUGUCUUUCACGAUCUCUUUAAUUGCUAUCAUGUCGGUCUCGUAUACCUCACGACAAGAUUUGGACAUAUUCUUGGAGAAGCUUGCACAAAUUUCACUACUUCGGAAAUUGCCUUUUCGAACAAUACUUUGCACAUAUGUCUACAUGAUACAUCACUGUACGUACCAUUUUGAACUUGCUUCGCAG